UUCAGACUCUGUGUGCUGUUUCAUUCACCUCCUCUUUCUCUGCCGGAGCGACACAGACUUCCAAAUGGCUCUCCGCGUAACAAGGAACCGCCUGCCUGCUACAAAUAACCUGGCCGACAAAGCAUGCCCGGCCAACAAACCCACUCUCAGGCCACGGGCAGCCCUGGGGGAUAUUGGGAACAAUGUUGCUAUUAAAAACCAGGGGCUCAAAAAGGAAGCCAAGAAAGCGGCCAUUAAACCAACUACACUCCCCACUAAGGUUGAAAAAGCCCCUGUGAUUGAGCAGCCAAAAGAAAAUGUUGCACCCCCACCACCUGAAGUGCAGGUUUUGCCCGAGCCGGCGUCCCCCUCUCCGAUGGACAUCUCUGGCUCUGCGCCCGCCGACCUCUGCCAGGCGUUUUCAGACGUGCUUCUGCAAGGCCCCAUCAAGGACGUGGACGCCGACGAUAAUGAGAACCUCAUGCUCUGUAGUGAAUAUGUUAAAGAUAUUUACAAGUAUCUUCAACAGCUUGAGAUUGAGCAGGGCGUCAGACCUCAGUAUCUUCAGGGUCGGGAAGUGACUGGAAACAUGAGAGCUAUUCUCAUUGAUUGGCUUGCGCAAGUGAGCCUGAAGUUCCAGCUCCUCCAGGAGACGAUGUACAUGACAGUGGCAGUCAUCGACCGCUUUCUGCAGGACCACCCUGUUUCAAAGAAACAGCUACAGCUGGUCGGUGUGACCGCCAUGUUCCUUUCUGCCAAAUAUGAAGAGAUGUACCCUCCAGAGAUUUCAGACUUUGCCUAUGUAACAGAUGGGGCUUACACCACUGCUCAAAUUAGACAAAUGGAGAUGAAGAUCCUCGAAGUGCUCAACUUCAGCUUGGGUCGCCCUCUCCCCCUCCAGUUCCUCAGAAGGGCCUCAAAGGUUUAUGAGGUAACUGCCCAGCAACACACCCUGGCAAAGUACCUUUUGGAGCUCAGCAUGUUGGAUUAUGAGAUGGUGCAUUUUCCACCUUCCCAGGUGGCUAGUGCUGCUUUGGCCCUCACACUCCUGGUCUUGAAAAGUGGUGAAUGGGAUGCAACCCUGCAGCACUACAUGAACUACACAGCAGAUAACCUGAUGCCAGUGAUGAGACACCUUGCAAAAAAUGUUGUAAAAGUGAACGGAGGACAGACCAAGCACAUGACAAUCAAAAACAAAUACUCUACAUCUAAGAUGAUGAGGAUUUCCACCAUUCCACAGCUGAAGUCUCCACUGAUUAAGGAUUUUGCAAUGCAGCUCACCCAGUGAGGUUCCAGGUUUUUAGCACCAUGUGCUGAGUGUACAGAUUCACUUGUGAAAAGUGACAUUGACUUUAAAAUUUUUAACUUGCCUCUUUAUCUUGCUUUUAAUAAAAUGGACUUCGAUUUUA